UCAGAUUAACGCUGUGUUCGACCACCUGGAGGAAGGCGAAGCUUUCAAGAACGUGGAGGAGUUUCUAACGGAGCUGAACGCAUCUCCUGAGAUUCCCGAUAUCACCCCCGCUGUGAGAGACGUGAUGAUGAACCGAACCUUUGUAAUCAUUGAACUGAAGCUCCAGGAAUUUGUGGCUCCUGACUGGAAAGUGUGGUUCACCGAGCUGCUCAUCCCUGUCCUGCCCAGUUUCACAGCAGAAAUGCUGCUUAAGGUCACGGCUCACAUCAGCUGCACCAGCUACCAAGUGAUCGUUGAAGGAAUGGGAGAUGUUUUCCCAAAAAUGACACUCACCAGGAGGCAGGAGAUAACCCGGGUUCUGGUGGAGUACCUGAAGGCGUUUGCCGACCAGUUCAAGAGUCCAGAUUGCAAAAAAGACAUCGCAAACGAUGCUGAGUGGCUUGACAUCAACUUGGGUCCGUUCUCCGCGGUGGCCAAUUACACAGACCUCAAGGAGCUGAACGUCAGCGGGCUGGCAGCUCUGGAAUCCCUGUCACCUGACCAGAAAGCAGAGCUGCUGCUGGAUCCAUCCACCGGUGCUCUUGAAAAUGUGACCGUGGUGAAAGAGGUGCUGAGCAGCAUUGUAAAAUCCCCAGAAGGGCAGCAGCUAGAGAAAUUCUUUGAAACGUUCGUGGAGGUCAGCAAGGAGAAACACAUCCCCUACAUCAGCAACGCUGAGGUCCGGGACGCAAUACUGAACCUGACUUUGACGGCUCUGGCUCCCAGAUUCCCUGUCUUCCAAACCAGUGACUACCAGCUGUGGUUCCAGAUAAAUCUGGUUGUAGUGCUGGCCAGCUUCCGUCCUGAGGUUCUAGUGGUGAUCCCCGCCAACCUCACCUGUGACGCUUACGAUGCAAUAUUGAAAGGCCUGGAGAACGCUUUGGCACUUCUCCCAUCUCAAGCUGCAGUGGAGCUGACGUCAAGCAUCGAUGAACUUCUACAGUCACCCCCAAAAGGCUGCACGCCUCCUCGCCCGUGGCUUUCGUAA